AUGCAAGCCCCCAAUAUUUACCCCAUGCCUCAGAAACAGCCACAGGCGCUGCCAGUAUUUCAAUAUGGUCCUCCGCAGAUCGUUUUUGAUCAUUCUGCUCCGAGGGUAGAUCCUUUGCAAUCAAAUGUAGCUGUAAACCCCCCGUUGCAACAUUAUAAUGGCCAAAAUACUCCUAUAGACAUAGCGAGUAACAAUUACGCAUACUACUACCAUCGCCUUAACAACAACCACAACCACCACAACAACCGCAACAACCACAACAACCACAACAUCAUCAACAUCAACAAUAGAAGUAAUUCCGCUGUUUCUGCCGCUAAUAUUCAAGUAUCUAACAACACACAUUAUAGAAAUGCACAACAAGCUCUCGCUGCUCCCCAGCGGUUGUUCAGCAUUGUACGAGAUCCUCAUAUGCCUCCCAAUAUUUCACACUUCCAACUAAAUAAUAUUCAUCCUCAUAUGCAUGCACCAGCUGCUUCUAAUAUUCAUUUCCAACAAGUACCAGUGUACAACAAAGCCAAUAAUAACAGUAGCAAUAGUAGCAACAACACUACUAAUAAUACUAAUAAUACUAAUAAUACUAAUAAUACUAAUAAUACUAAUAAUACUAAUAUUUUUAACGUUAAUAACGAUAAAUCUGCACAUUCGAGUCAGAAUGACGCACUGGACCAUAUUAAUGAACGCUACCGUCAUGAACUUAAUAAGAUGGUUUCUUUUUCCAAGCAUUUUGAAAACAACGAACUCAGCAUCGCCACGGGCGAUUUAAACGUUCAAUCGACUAUUGAAGAAUUAGCUAAACUGAAAUCUUUAUCGAAUUCUACCCAUUUCAAGCAGAAUAUUGCCACUCAAAACUUCUACUCCCUCCAGAAUCAUAUCGCGACCAUUGAAAGUCGCCUUAAUUGUUUACUUAACAAUAGGCAACAAGAGCAGCAACACUGGAAGGAGCAGAAUCCUGAAAAGGAGAGUCCUUCACCCUCUUCUAAUAAAAUAAAGCUACCUUCUUUGCAGGAGCUAACUGACUCUAUCUCUACUCAACACCUCCCAACAGCAUGUAGUAAUAAAAGACAUGCUUCGGAUUCUGAAUUGAAGAUCAAGCCAAUAAAUGGUUCAUUAUACCACCGCCACACAUUUCUUUCAACCUCCUCUUCCUCGUCUUCUCCCACGGCCGGUUCCGUGCCUCUUCAAAAGUUACAGGUUCCAGGACAAGAUGAGGCAAGUGAUAUGAAGAAGAAUAUUUCGUCUUCUCCCUUCAAUUCAAUAGCUUACAUACCAAACACUACAUUAUCUCCAAUGAUGCAAACACAAUUGAAGAACAUAACCACCUCAAACCUCAAUACAAAGAAAAAGAACAACAGGGGAAGACCGAGAGCUAUUCAAAGACAGCCCACGCUAACUACUUCCAGUCAUUUUAUUAAUAACCCCAAUCCUAGCGUUGCUACAGUUUCGACGAUAACCCCCGCCACUAAUAACGAUGAAAAGAACCCUAAUGCCAAAAAAAUAAUUGAGUUUUGUUUCCAUUGUGGGGAAACUGAGACUCCAGAAUGGAGAAAAGGCCCAUAUGGCACAAGAACUCUAUGUAAUGCCUGCGGGUUAUUUUAUAGGAAAGUCACGAAAAAGUUCGGUUCAAAAAGCAGCAAUCUAUUAUUAAGAUAUAGGAGAGCUAUUGAUUUGGCUAACGAUCGGAGAAUCCCUGAUUUCAUCACCAUUCCAAACAGGUUUAUUCAUGAUAUGGACAAUGAUCGAACCUUAGAUUCUGAAUAUAAUACGAUAUUGCAGUAG